UCUGAGAAGGCGCGCCCCCCUCCCUCUUGGGCUGCGGGCCCGCCCCGCCCCACGGCUUCCUCCCGGGCCGCGGGCACUGAGGCCGCUCGGGGCAGAGGAAUCGGAGCCGGCGAGCAGGCAGCGGCGGCGGCUGCUGAGGCAAUGGCAGGGAAAGAACUGAAGCAAUGCCAGCAGCAGGCGGACGAAGUGACGGAAAUCAUGCUCAACAAUUUCGACAAGGUCCUGGAGCGUCACGGCAAGCUGGCGGAGUUGGAGCAGCGUUCAGACCAGCUCCUGGACAUGAGUUCAGCCUUCAGCAAGACAACCAAGACUUUAGCCCAGCAGAAGCGCUGGGAAAAUAUCCGGUGCCGGGUCUACUUGGGGCUAGCAGUGGCUGUUGGCCUGCUCAUCAUCCUGAUUGUGUUGCUGGUCAUCUUUCUUCCAAGUGGUGGGGACAGUAGUAAACCAUAGGCCUAGGAUGCAGGACACCCAAAUGACUGCUGAAGGGCAUCCAGGAUAUGUGCUCCUCUGCAUCUCCCAUCAUGCCAUGGACUGGCCCUUGAGAGCGGACUGUUGCACUGGCCCUAUUAGGCCACACCACUGGAGCUCAGUAAAAGCUGCUGUUUGGUUAAAAA